GUGGCUGUCUGUUGCUAAGAAAGGUCUCCCGGAAGUGGCCGCGUCCUUGUAUUUUCCGGACCAUAUUUUCCUGGCUUGUUUGCAGCAGCUUUUCUGCUGCCUGAGGAGCAGUUGGUUUGGUGACUUGUCAACAGAAACAUGGCUGCCUCUGCGUCCGGGAAAGCAUACCGAAACGAUAACGCUUCCAAGGGCAGUCAAAAAUGCACCGAAGAGCCCCCUGCACCGACGCGGGAGAUUAUCAAACCGUCUAUCAUGGAGCUCACCAAAGAAGUGCGGACCAAUAUCCUAUGCACCGUAGAAGGAUGUGGCAAGAUUCUACCGAACACGCCAGCCCUGAACAUGCAUCUCGUGAAGUCCCACAGAGUAAAGGACGGUCUUGUCAACCCCACCAUCAGGAAGGACAUGAAGGGCUCCCAGAAGCUCUACUGUUGUCCCAUAGAGGGCUGUCCACGAGGCCCCAACAGACCCUUCUCCCAGUUUUCCCUGGUUAAACAGCACUUUAUGAAGAUGCAUGCAGAGAAGAAGCACAAGUGUUCCAAGUGCAACAACGGCUACAGCACAGAGUGGGACCUGAGGCGCCACAUAGAGGACUGUGGGAGGACCUACCGCUGCACGUGUGGCUGCCCCUACGCCAGCAGAGCAGCGCUACUGUCACAUAUCUACAGGACCGGCCACGAGGUCCCCACAGAACACAGGUAUCCACCAGUGAAAAAGCGGAAGAUGGAGAGACAGAUAAGUGGAGAGGAAAAAGUCAAGCCCAGUGAAUUCAUGUGUCAGAUCAUAAAAACGGACAGAGAACUCUCAGAGGACUCCCUCCCGUCAGACAGGGUCUGCCACAACAACCCCCCUAAACACCUCCAGAAACUCCUCCUACCCAAGCCCGAAGUGGCUCUGGUGAAUUUCCCUAUGAUGCAGCUGGCCCAUCUCCCCGUCCUCCUCCCCUCCACAGAGAGCGGGGUUCUGAGGUCUGUGGUGCUGGCUGUGGACAGCCAGGGCUCCUUCAGCACCCUCCACCUCAUGCCCCAGUCCAUGGGGUCCAUGGUGCCUCACCUGGACCCUAAGACCCUGUGCUUCAGGGGCAGCAUGCCUGCCUCCCGCUCGAGUCUGGGGCCUGUCAGCAUGGGGGUGCAGGUAAGUCUGGAGUCAGUGGGCUCUGGCAAUGACUCAGGAGGAACCAGGGGGAGCAAUACCUCCACCAACAUCCAGACAGACAUCUCAUACUUGUCCAGAAUGCCUAUGGGGGUCGGGGUGGGGACGGAGAUGUGCCCCUUUGGUGAGUCGUCGGUCUCAUCGUGUUCUCAGACAGAUAUUAGUGUGAGUGCUCAGGUCCUGCUGCCGGUCAGUGUAGAGACCCAGACGUUCCCCUCUAAGGCCAAAGCCACCACCACCAUCGGGGCGCAGACAGAUACCCUCAGCCAGCUGCCCUGCCCCUAUUCCUCCCCAUCCCAGUCCCCCUACAUUACCAAGCAGACCCAGACCAGACUCGCCCUGGCUGGGUCAGAAGAGAGUGCUCAGAUGGACCAGGCCAUCAUGUGUUCAGACCUCUUUGACAGUUACUCCCUCAGUGUCUCAACACAGACGGCACUGACAGACGGACACUUCAGAACCCACGGUGUAGACGACCCCCUCUCCGGUAACAGUCUCUAUGACCACGACAAGUCAACAGGAGGCAUGUGCUUUGGCGUGCAGACAGACGAUCUCCAGUCGGGCAGCGUGGCGGACAACCAAACCCAGACCACCUUGGCUCUGUUCAACGAUCUGGAAAAUAUCUUGUCAGGUCACUCUCUGUCCGGUCAGACGCAGAUGGAUUCUUCAACAGGCUGUGGGUCAGCUCUGUGCUCUGUUCAGGAACAGCACACGGGCAUUGAUUUUGACUUUGAGGAAUUCCUGAACGCGGCCCACAUCCAGACCCAGACGGAGGAGAGCGAGCUGAGCGGGCUGGGGGCCGACACGCCCCUGGAGGUCCUGGAUAUCCAAACCCAGACAGACUUCCUCCUCCUGGAGGGCCUGGGAAACAGUGAGGGGCCGGGCCGAAGCCAGGCCAGUGACCUGGAACUGGAGAUGUUUGACACCCAGACCCAGACGGACCUCAACUUCCUGCUGAAAGCCGGAGGCCACAUGCCCCUGGGCAACAUUCUGCACCAGUCCAGCUUCUCAAUGAGCACAGAGUCCUCUGACACUGAGACGCAGACCGACCUCCACCGACCGCUUACACCAACACCAAACUCCAACACCCUUCCCUCCAUGUCCCAGGGUGACCAGGCCAGGCUCUUAAGCAGCACGGAGACUCAGACGGUGACCGACGCAUCAUCUGAGGGCCUCGGAAACCUCUUCCUGACCAGCAACGAGACCCAGACAGUCAUGGACGACUUCCUGUCAGCUGACAUGGCCUGGAACAUGGAGUCCCACUUCAGCUCGGUGGAGACGCAGACGUGUGAGGAGCUGUUUGCUCUCUUUCAGCACUCUGAGAAACCCAACAGCUGAAUUACCACCCCCCCACACACACCUCCUCAGUCCACGCAAUGGGGUUCUGCUUUCUGUCCAGGAGGUCCUGGGAUCCUACUCAUCAUCCUCUACAGUCUUUGUCCCUCUACUACUGGAGGUUUAGGUAUAGAAGUGAGCCUUCUUGAAGUCUUAGGACAUUCUACAGAGGGGUAGCAUGUCUAAGAUGACAUGUCCAGACAUCUCCCUCAUGCUAGCUCGAAAGCACUUUAUUAUAGUUCAUGGAUAUGAUUUCCCAUCCUUGUUUACAUGUUUAUUUGCGCGUCUUACUACUUAAAUAUAUAUAUUUUGUCUGAAAAGCCAGUUUAGUCCGUUUACAAUGUUUUAAAAUUUGAGCACUAAUGUUUGCUGUAAGAGAGUAUGUAAUGCCUGUUGAGCCUUUCCUUAAUCAUUCUGCUAUUGAAUGGCUUCUGGCAGAUUUGAUGUGGCACAAAUAUACUCGUGAAACUCUAAAAUAGUUGCCGCACUACCAUUGUUGACAUGUGAUUGUGAAGUGCAGUCUUGUAGAAUUGCCCCAUUGUUACAGGGCCACCCACCUAUAAGAGGUCACCGCGUUAGGAGACUAGCCUGUAAUGGUCUUUGACUUAUUCAUUAGCUGGCUGUAAGUGUAUAGCAGCACAGUGUGCUGAAGUGAUACAACACUGUAGAGAAACACUAUGAGGAUCUAGCUACUCUCUAGUCACUGUGAUUACAUUGUGAUUGUGUAUGUCCACCAUAUACAGUGCCUUCAGAAAGUAUUCAUACCCCUUGACUUUUUCCACAUGUUGUUGUUACAAAGUUGGACUAAGUGGAACAAAAAAAAUGAGCAUUUAUGGAAAAUAUAAUUAAUAUUUCUUCAUUAAAUAAGUAUUCAACCCCCUGAGUAAAUACAUGUUAGAAUCCCCUUUCAAUUACAACUCUUUCUGGGUCAGUCUUUUGAGAUUUCCAUACCUGGAUUGUGCAACAUUUGCCCAUUUUAUUAUUUUCAGAUUUUUUCAAACUCUUGUCAAAUUGGUUAUUGAUCAUUGCUAGACAACCUUUUUUUAGGUCUUGCCCUAGCUUUUCAAGUAGAUUUAAGUCAAAACUGUAACUCUGAUAUUCGGGAACAUUCACUGUCUUCUUGGUAAGCAACUCCAGUGUAGAUUUGGCCUCGUGUUGUAGGUUAUUGUCCUGCUGAAAGGUGAAUUAAUCUCCCAGUAUCUGGUAGAAAGCAGACUGAAUCGGGUUUUCCUCUAGGAUUUUGCCUGUGCUUAGCUCCAUUACCCUUCUUUUUUAUCCUCAAAAACUCCCCAGUCCUUAAUGAUUACAAGCAUACGCAUGACAUGAUGCAGCCACCACUAUGCGUGAAAAUAUGUGGAGUGGUACCCCAAACAUAACACCUUUUAUUCAGAAUAAAAAGUGAAUUGCUUUGCCACGUGUUUUGUAUUGUGGAGUAACUACAAUGUUGUUGAGCCAUCCUCCAUUUUCUCCUAUCACAGCCAUUAAACUCUUAACAAUGAGUGUGAAUACUUUCUGAAGGUACUGUAUAACAACCCCACUAAACGUUACUGAACAUAAACUGACAAUAUUACAAUUUCUAUCAAAAUUUUCUUGAACUAUACUCUAAAGCCUACCUUAUUGGUCAAAGCUAGCUGUUGGUAUCAUUACAAUAUUUGACCUCAUUUGCACAUGCACCCCAUUCAAAUUUCAAGAAACACAUUUGUUGAGACGUUUUUAUUGAAUGUGAACUUUACAAGAGCUCUUCAAGUUUUGAGUAUUUGUCCAUGUUGUAUUUUGUUAUGUUGGUGCCUUAAACCAAUUAUUUUUCAUUGUAUUUUGUUAUGUUUCCAUUGGUCAGUGAUGCACUAAGCAGCUUUAAGAGGUAGGAAGAAGUUCAGGAUCAAAAUGUAUUUAACAUUUACAUUAUAUGUAUUUGUGGAGGGUGUCUUGGAAGAAUACUUUGAAAACUCAAGUGUCUUUUAAUUUGCAUGUUGAGUAUGUUUGUUUCCUGUACCUCUACUUUCAAAAACAUUUUGUUGCAAGAUAUGUUAGAAGUCCUGUUUUGUGUUACACAUCUAGGCUCUAAGAAUGCAAUGCAGUAUUUGUUUCCAAGGCAGCAUUCACCCUACAGUGGUACACUAUCAAUAUGUGGAGAAGUGGACCCAGAAACGGCAGAAUGUAGCCUACAUGACACUGUGCCCAUACUACACAACAUGGCUUAGUUUUUGCACUGCAUCUUAACGUAAUCGAAACAGGACUGUCUCAUUCCAGUUUAUAACAGACUUUCAUACUCAAUCACAUUUCAUAACAAUGUAUUGUGCUGUACUGAAAACACUACUUCUAUUUAAUUUAUCGUUCUUGAACUUGAUUAUAAUAGCGCUGAGGGGAGAAACUGCCUUGCUUUAAAAAAAACAUGUACAGUAGACUACAUGGCAGGGUUGAAGUCAAUUUCAUUUUAAUUCCAGGCAAUUGAGAAAGUAAACCAAAUUCCAAUUCCCAAUUUUCCUCAUUUUGAAAGAAAAUUGGAAUUGAAAUGGAAUUGAUCCUAACCAUGCUACAUGGGGGUGUCGACUUCAGCGCUUUGGUUUUUCUCAGUAGGGAGUGCAUGCAGUCUUUGGUGCCAAUGUAAGUUAUUUCAGUUGCAUUUCUGUUUGCGGUCUUAUCUGUUGUAUUUCAGUUGCCUGAAUGUGUAGAGGGUCGAUGAAGGUUGCCUCUCGCUGUUUGUUCUGUUGGUGCUAUUCAGCAGACGCUCAUAAUAAACUCUUCAUAAAGGGUU